CAGGACCAUGGCGAUCGUGAACCUCCAUGCAAUGACCUCCUGGGUGGGCAUCACCCGGCUCUUUGCCGUCGUGCUGUCCUGCCUUGCCUUCAGCUUGGUGGCCUCCACCAGGGACUUCUGGGGUUCCUCUGGGACAUGGUGCAUGUUCACCUGGUGCUUCUGCUUCGCCGUGACCCUGCUGGUGCUGGUGCUGGAGCUGCUGGAGCUCUACCCUAAGCUGCCACUCUCCUGGGAUGACUUCACCUCGGCUUUCUCCAUGUUGGCUGCGUUGAUGGUCUUCACCACUUCGGUGGUCUUCCCUUCCACCUUCAUCAGCAGCCCCUGCAGCGGCAGCAAAUGCGCCCGGCAGGCCGUGGCCACCACCGCCUCCUGCCUCUGCUUCCUCGCCUACGCCCUCGAGGUGGGGCUCACCCGUGCCAAGCCAGGAGACAUCAGCAGCUUCCUCUCCACCGUGCCUGGGCUCCUCAAGGUCUUUGAAGCCUAUGUGGCUUGUCUCAUCUUCUCCUUGCUGGAUACCUACAAUUCGAAACCUGGCCUGCAAUGGUGCGUGGCCGUCUACUCCAUCUGCUUCAUCAUCACCUUCCUCAUCAUCAUCCUCACUAUUGGCCGGUGCCUCGCCUACAUGCCCUUCCCGCUGGAGAAGAUGAUGGUGGGCUACAACGCCCUGGCCCUGAUGAUGUACAUCACCGCCACCGUCCUCUGGCCGCUCUACAGCUUCAAGGGGACGAGCCGCCCUGACGGCUGCGGCAGGAACUGCUGGUGGGACAAGCACUUGGGGGUCACCUUCCUCACCAUCUUCAACCUCAUCGCCUACUUGGUGGACCUGGUCUACUCUACUAGGAUGGUCUUCAUCAGGGCACCUCCUUAAGGGCUCCGGGUGGCCUUGGCAGGGCACGGGGUGGUGGGACGCGUCUGGGUGCUGGUGUGGGGCUGCCGAUGGAGCUGAGGAAGAGGCUGGGUGCCUCGGAAAGCUCCUUCUCCACAUGCUGGAGUGGAAAGCCAUGAGGUGCUCCUGGGGGUACACUCAGCCCUGUGCCCUAAUGGGCACCUGGUUGGAGGGGCCAAGGGGCUGGGCUGGAAUCCUCUCAACCCCCUGGAGCUGAGGGGAGGCUUUGGGAUUAA